UGUGUGUGUGUGUGUGUGUGUGUUUGACAAAGAGAGAGAGAGACCCACAGAGGCUAAUUAGGGUUAUCUGCAUACACAUAGGUAAGUGGUUAUUUACUGGAACAUAGACAACUUAACUGUGGCUACACCAUUGAAGAAAAGGACUCCCCUGCCAUGAUUUGCUUAUAUCUUUUUUUUUUUUAAUUAUUUUUCUUUUUUCUUUUUUGGAGCUGAGGAUCGAACCCAGGGCCGUACGCUUGCUAGGCAAGCGCUCUACCACUGAGCUAAAUCCCCAACCCUGCUUAUACCUUUCAAGAAUGGUCAGAUUCCUUAAUUCUUCAGGGAUUUUCUUUGGAAACCUAGGCCCUCUGCAAGAGCAGCCAGUGCUCUUGGCCAGAAAAUAUUUUCUUAAGUGAUUACCCCUUGUUCUGUUCCUCCGUCACUCCUGGAUUAGUUGCUAGUCUAGAGAAAUCCAGCUGUUGUUUCUGUCUUGAUCUUGUUUCCCGUAACCUUACUGAACCUUCCUGUAAGUGGUUCCAUAGGGCCACUUACAGGAUAUUUUAUGUAUACGAUAUCAACUUCAGGCAGUUUUGACUUUAUAGUGUGAAUGCUUUUUAUUUCUUCCCAUUAGCUUUAUUUCCCUGGCUGACAUCUCCAAUGCAGUGCUGAACAGAAGUGGCAGAGAGGCACUCUCCCCGAGUUCCUAAACUUUAUCUUAGCUGAAAGGCAGAGUCCUGAUCUUGCCUUGUUUCUGAUUUUAAGAAGAAUGCUUCAAGGCUAGCCUGGUCUACAGACAUCUUACUACAGGAGCUGUACAUUUACAGAAGACAAUGUCUGGAAGCUUCUACUUUGUAAUUGUUGGCCACCAUGACAAUCCAGUUUUUGAAAUGGAGUUUUUGCCAGCUGGGAAGGCAGAACCCAAAGAUGAACACCGACACCUGAACCAGUUCAUAGCUCACGCCGCCCUGGACCUGGUUGAUGAAAACAUGUGGCUGUCCAACAGCAUGUACUUGAAAACUGUGGACAAAUUCAACGAGUGGUUUGUGUCAGCUUUCGUCACUGCGGGGCACAUGCGAUUCAUCAUGCUUCACGACGUGAGGCAAGAAGAUGGAAUCAAGAACUUCUUCACCGAUGUCUAUGAUCUGUAUAUCAAGUUUGCAAUGAAUCCCUUCUAUGAGCCCAAUUCUCCUAUUCGGUCAAGUGCAUUUGAAAGAAAAGUUCAGUUUCUUGGAAAGAAACAUCUUUUAAGCUAAACGCAAAAAACCAGAAUCACAGUGGGGUCUGCUCAGGAGUGUAUGAAUAGGAAGUAACUUGAAAAAACAGCCUGGCAAAACUUUACAUGUCUCAACUUAUCUGUAUAUUGUAAAGUUUCCUUUAUAUGUAACAAAUCUACUUUUUCAUGUUAGUUAUCAACGUUAGCAUUUGCUUGUAAAUAGUUAUUAGUAAUUCAAAUAUUUUAUUUCAAAAAUUAAGAAUAAACCUCUAUCUUUACUGAUUGAGAUAAUUUAAAAAAACUUAGAUUUAUUUUAUGUGUAUGAAUGUUUUUCCUGCAUACGUAUACACACCAUCUUCAUGACUGUUACCUGAAGAGACCAGAAGAAGGCAUGAGAUCUCCUGGAACUAUGACCCACUCAUGUGUGUAGCCAGUCAAACCUGGGUUGUGCCAAACCACUAAGCCAUCUCUCUGAACCUUUCCUGAGAUAACAUCUUUUUUUCCCCCAAGACAGCAUUUCUCUGUAGCCUUGGCUGUUCUGGAACUCACUCU